GCUGUGUAUAGAACCUUUGACACGAUACCAUCUGUAUUUAUAGGCCGUUCCCGUUAGGGACUUGUCAAUCGUGUGCAAUAAUUCGCGAAGAAAACAUGGCUCGGGAUUUGAAGAACAAAGUCGUUGUGAUCACCGGAGGUGCAGUGGGCAUCGGUUACGAAAUAGCUGACAGAUAUUUACAAAAAGGCGCUAAAGUUGCAAUCCUACUCGACAUUGCUGAAGCACAAGGUCUGGAAUCAAGCAAGAGUCUUUGCACAAAACACGGUGCGAACAGAGCUGUUUUCAUGAAAUGCGAUGUCACGAAAGACUUGGAUACUGUGUAUAAUAAAAUUAUAAACACCUACGAAACUGUUCACGUUCUGAUAAACAACGCAGGCAUUCUCAACGAUCAUUUAGUCAAGAAGACAAUAGAUAUCAACGUUCAAGCUUUGAUCGAUUGGUCGCUCAAGUUCUGGCAGCACAUGAGGACGGACAAAGGAGGAAAGGGUGGCACGAUCAUAAACUUAGUAUCAAUUUACGGAUACAGAGUUGACCAGUACCUCCCAGUGUACCAAGCGUCGAAGUUCGCAGUGAUGGGUUUCACGAAAUCCCUGGGACAUACGUACAACUACAAUAGAGCCGGAGUAAGAGUGUUGGGAAUCUGUCCAGGGUUCACUGAUACUGCUCUGGUACAUGAUCCUAAAACGUGGGAUGAUGAAAGCAUAGCCAAAGAUUUUGGCGUGUUCGUAAAGAAACAGCUAUGGCAGAAAGUGGAUUCGGUCGGUAAAGCAGCUGUUGAUGUAUUCGAGAAAGCUAACAGUGGAACAGCCUGGCUCAUAGAAGGGGCAAAGCCAAUUGUCGAGGUAUAAGUGAUAAUAUUUGCUUUAUCUUGUCUUAAUGUUAUUGAUUGUUAUUACUUAAUAAAUUUACUUUCUAAAU